AUGGUGCCGAAGGUCAAGAACAAUGCUGACAGUUCGCAUCGACGCGUGAAAGCCAGCGACUUUGACGAAAUCUCAAAAGAGAUUCUCAUAACUGCUUGCUCCAUUUAUCGGUGUCUCAUCGUCACACAGGCACCUUUUCCGGAUUCCAUUGCAGCUGAGACAAAACUGGUGAAAGAGGCCUGGCGCGAGGCAUGUCAACUCAAAGGUGUUGACGUCAAACUGACCCCUUUGGCGGUGAAUAUGCUAUUAAAAUGUGCUUCACAAGUGCAAGGCGAACUCAAGAUGAAGAUGUGUCCACUCACGGCUUCAUUUCACGGCUUCCGCUCAAGUAAUUCUAUGGAGGUGAUAAGGUCAAACCGAGAUCUUGUGGAGAGAUUGAAAAUUGGCUCAAUCUUUGUUUUCAAGGACCCAUCAUCGAAGUCAGGCAUCUACAAGACUGAGUUGCUUCAACAGGGUAUCAACAGCAUGUGGUUCUUGAACCGAAGUGACGAGGGUGUCGUCUACCACAAAUACUUCAACCCCAUCCCUAUCAAAACUAUUGUGCUCAUGCUUACAGCUAUAGAAUGUUGUGUCGAUGAGUGGUCGCAAGGCAUCAAAGAGGACAUCAAGUUCACAUCUGCUGGUUAUGGGACCGUCUACAACCAUCAUUUCAGCUCACUGCAAUGCUUUGAUGAGCGCAUGGCGGCUUACACACUCCUCUCGAAAAUUUGUAUCAAUCUGCAUGAUACAGUGCGCUUCCACGCAGGUGUUGCAUCACUCAUUCCAUUGUCAGCUACAUCCCAGGCCCACAUUGAUGACGCGGCAUUUGAAGACGCUAUUUGA